AUGUAUUCCAAUGAGGAUGAUCCUGCAAAAGCCAGGCAUCCAAACGAGCCACUAAACACCAUUUUGACAUUCUUGAUGGAGGAAAUAAUGACCUCUUCAUCGUCCUCCUCAUCGGAAGAUGAUGACAACACCACGACGAUGGAACUCCGCCAAGAAACAAAGGACUUUCUAAACACACUAUCACAAUAUUUGAAUUGUCGUCAAACCAUGGAUGCCAAGUACAAUGAACUGUUUGAGGAAUCUCAGGAGAUUGCGAAUUUUCCAGUCCGCGUCCAUUCCGGAGGCAUUCUGGAACAAGGCCGCGGCUCUAAUAGAAAUUCAUCAUAUCAAUUCAAACCAGAAUAUCUGCAGCAGUCCAUUCAAGGAACCCCGGCACAAACGUUGGAUGAAUUGUACGAAGCUGCUGCUAUGGCACAACCAGUGUAUCAACAAUUGAUGAAAGGAAUUGUGAAUCAGAUUCUUCAAUCUUCUGCUGCUGCUGCUGCUGCUGCUGCUGCUGAAUGUGAUGAUAAUGAUGAGAAAAAAAGUCAUGACAUUGAUGUCCAUUUGGUACCACUCAAGACACGAGAUCGAGCGUUGGAAAAGGCGGAAGAUGAUUAUGCACAGCGACUACCUGGUCCGUCACUUUGUUUCUUGUACGACAUUGUUCGAGGCAGUCUUGAAUUCUCAUCGGCAAAAAACUUUCUUCAAUGUUUGGAGCUCAUUGAAAAUCAUCCCUUGAUUCACAUUGUAAAGGCCAAGAAUCGAUUCAAGAAUCCUAGUUUGACGGGAUAUCGAGAUGUCAAUUUGCAAAUUCAAAUACCGAUUGAAUCAUCAUCAUCAUCAUCAUCGUUAUCAGCCGUCAACAACAUUAGUUUCAAGCACAUUUGUGAGAUACAGCUGCAUCACAAAGAACUGAAACGAUUGGGAAAUGAGCUUGAUAGUCACAAGCAUUAUGAAUACUUUCGAUCCUAUUUUGCAGGUUCGACCAAUGCUUUGGAGGAACGGCUGGAGGAUUUGAAAGUGAUUUGUCAAGGAGGAGGAGAGGGUGGUGCCUUUUUGCAAGAAUUGCUCGAGAAAGAUUUGGACGAAGAACGACUGGAGCGAUUGGGAAAGUUGUUUCAUAUCCAAUUGAUGGAACUUCCAAUGGCAAUACGAGCCUACCGGAAACUGCUGGACUUGCAAGUCGAGAAGUAUGGAGAGCAACAUGUAGCAAUCGCCAAAACCUAUCAUGAUAUUGCCGGCAUUCUUGUCCACCAGGGUAAAUUGGACCGUGCGAUGGUCUUAUAUCAGGCAUCCUUAGGUAUGAAGCGGCAAUUACAUGGCUCAGAGAACCACCCUUCUGUGGCAGAGACGCUUUUGAGAAUGGCCAUGGUGCUCAGGGAUCAAGACAAAUUGGACGAGUCCAUGGUGCUUUACGAGAAAACUUUGAAGAUCCAGAAACAAGCCUUUCACAAAGACCACUUGUCGGUAGGAAACACUUUGGAUAACAUGGGAAUGUUGUUCAAGAAGAAAGGAAAAUUAGUGGAAGCAAUGGAUCACUACAAGAAUGCCCUACGAAUCAUCCGAGCCAAUGUUGGUGACGAGCAUUCGGCCGUGGGUGAAGUCUUUGGAAACAUGGCCUUGGUCCUUCAUCUACAAUGUAAAUACGAAGAAUCUUUGGAAAUGUAUCGGCGGUCGAUCGAUAUUUCCGCGAGGGCUCUUGGAGAAGACCAUGUUGCAAUCGCUAAGACAUAUCACAACAUGGCGGAAGUGUACCAGGAUCAAGGAAAAUUCUCAGAAGCAAUUGAGCUAUUCACCAAAUCAUUGGAAUUGAAAACAAAGCGGCUUGGAGACGAGCACAAGUCUGUUGCCAACACUUACACUGGACUAGCUUGUGUGUUCCAAAAACAAGGGUCGUAUGACAAAUCAAUGGAAUUGCACCACAAAGCAUUGGAUAUCAAAGAGAAGGCUCUUGGUGAGCACCAUUCUUCGAUCGCAAAGACAUAUUGCAGCAUGGCGAUGGUGUUGCGGGAACAGGAUCGAUUUGAGGAGGCCAUGGAUCUGUUGGAAAAAUCAUUGACCAUUCGGAAAGAGGCGUAUGGCCCAAACCAUCCAUUGGUGGCGGAAUCGUACCAGUUCAUGGGCAUGGUACAAAAGAAACAGGACAAACUAGACGAGGCAAUGGAAAAUUACAAUCUGGCACUGGAGAUUCUGGAAGGCAAGUUCGGAAGAAAGCACGGGGGGUUGGGGCGUGUAUUGCACAACAUGGCGUUGGUUCGUCAGAAGCAGCAAGGUGCAUUUGAGGAAGCCAUGAGUUUAUUUCAGGAAUCCUUGGAAAUUGAUCGGAUUGUACUUGGACAGGAGCAUCCAUUGAUUGCCAAGACGAUGCAUAAUAUGGGAGAAGCACUCCAGUCGGAAGGAAAACUAGUAGAAGCCAUGGACAUGUUAUUGAAUUCCCUCGAGAUGAAGAUGCAUUUGCUCGGAGAGGACCAUCCAUCCGUUGCCAACACUUUCAAUGCAAUCGCAAUUGUUCUGCACAAGGAAGGAAAACUUGACGAAUCUCUCGCCAUGUUUCAGAAAUCUUUGGAACUAAAGCGCCAGCAUCGUGGUGAAAGACAUUCUUCCGUGGCCAAAACACUGAAAGGUAUAGCUUCAGUACUUCGUGAUCAAGGAAAGUUGGAAGCUUCACUGGAGAUGUAUCAGAGAUCUUUGGAUGUUUUGCUUGAGACGCUUGGCGAAGCUGCGAAGGAUACCAGAUACGUCCAGAGUGCAAUCUCGGAGUUGGAAACAGGCAUAGAUGGUCCCUGUGUACAAAUAAUAAAUAAUGUGUGA